AUCCUGAGUCUCUCGUUUCUUCUUUGACUUCUUAUACUAUACUUUUAUUCUUCCACCAUCUCAAAUUUUUAUCCUGGUCAGUUUGCUCCCAGCGUUGAACAAUGAUGAGACCAGUUUCCAGAUCUGGUUCUUCAUCACAUUGCUGACUGUGAAAAAAUGGAGAAGAGAUUCAUUCACGUUUUCAGAUCUGUGCUUGCUUUCUGUCCUUUUAGUUUUACCCUCACGAACAUGUGAACCGAACCGGCCGGUCGAAACCGGAUCUAUGGCCGGUUCGGUCCGAGUUUAAUAACACCGGAUCAAGGUCUCACUUUCCUUCCUUCCGUCCCGUGUGAUGCUAAGGAACGGCGUCGUUUGAUGAUGCAGUUUAAGCUGGCUCAACAGAUGUUGCGAUGAUGAAGAUGCACUGAUUGAUUUCAUGGCUGAAACAAACAAAAGAUUCAGAUUCUGUGUUACUGUUUUUUUUAUGUUUGACAAGUGAGAACACAUUACUUGAAAUUAUCAAAUUUACUGUUUUGAAUCAAAGUAAGAAAAAGGGUUUCAUUCAUUCAUGGCCUGUGACUGUGAGGGGAUGUUGAAUGUGAGAAGGCCUCACUUCUAUGAGCUUUAUUCCCAUGCCUCUUCCUCUCAGACACUGAAACUUCCAGAUGGCUUCGUUGGUCGAAUGGAGGGAAGGACGAGCGGAUUAGUUUCCUUAACUGGUCCAAGUGGAAAUACUUGGCAAGUUCGAUUGAUUAAGCAGGACAAUGAGCUAUUCUUCCAUAAUGGGUGGUCAACAUUUGUGGGAGAUCAUCUUUUGGAAUGUGGUGACCUUUUGGUUUUCAGAUACGAGGGUCACUUACAAUUUACUGUGCAAGUAUUCGAUAAGAAUGCAUGUGAGAAAGAAGCAGCAUUUCAUUCUAAAUGCAGCCAAAAUUCAUGCAACUUUGAUAAUAUUAAAGGGCAAAAAAGGGACAGUGAGGAGAACUCUUCUUUGGAUGUUGUUGAUGGUAUUCCGAAGAAAAUGAGACGUAGUGCCAUGGAGAACCAUGGACUGGAGCUGGCUAUAGUUGGUAAAGAACUUUCCAAUUAUGAGGUAGUAAAACCAAUUAGUAUGUUCAGAGAAACUGAAGAAACCUCCAACAAAUGUUCAACUAGUGAUGUCCCUGUGCCUUUUCACAUGGAAAAUAGCAAUGAAGAGGCAGGCAUCCAUUGUAGAAGUGGCAAGGAAGAUGAUCAUUAUUAUCUCAGUGGAGUUUCACCAUCAAAAUUAUCAGCGCAUGAUGAGAAGAAAGUAGCUCAGUCAUUUACUUCCCCAUUUCCACAUUUUGUUAGAAUAAUGAAAAGCUUCAAUGUCAGCGGUUCAUAUACUUUGAAUAUCCCAUAUCAAUUUUCGAUGGCUCAUCUUCCAAACUGUAAGAUAAAGAUUAUACUUCAUAAUUUGAAGGGAGAACACUGGACUGUUAAUUCUGUGCCAACGACUAGAGUGCAUACAAGUCACACUCUGUGUGGAGGAUGGAUGGCUUUUGUUCGUGGUAAUAACAUUAAGGUUGGAGAUAUCUGCAUUUUUGAACUUAUACAUGAGUGUGAAUUACGUGUUCACAUUGCUAGGGUUGGAAAAGAUGAACUAGGCUACCAGGUUGGAAAACUAGAGUUCAGUAUGCCUAGUGCAGGAAAUGCCGUCACUUGCCAUAAAACUUCCAAAUAUAUGCUAAAGAAUCCUAAAGUCAGUUCAAAACGCAUAAGCAAAGUUGAUCUAUCAGACAAAAAGUGGUCAAAGAUUGGUCGGGAAGCUGUUUUAUCCAUUGAUUUAAAGAAAUCUGAAAGAGCUUCAAGUACUUCGAAGAAGAUGGGACUUUCGCCUCAGCCAAAAGCUUCCCAUAAAAAGUCGGCUAUUCAGAGGAGACAUCGGGUUGAAGAUGAAUUAAGCUCGCAGGCUAAAGCUGGUUUGAGAAUGUUGUUUGCACUAGAUGAACAGAGAGUAGCUCAAGCUUUUAGUUCCCCUUUUCCUAAUUUUGUGAAAAUCAUGAAAAAGUUCAAUGUCAGUGGAUCAUACACUUUGAAAAUCCCAUAUCAGUUCUCCGCCGCACAUCUCCCAGCCUACAAAACCGAAAUCAUGCUUCGCAAUUCAAGAGGUGAAUGUUGGACUGUGAACUCUGUCCCAGAUGCAAAAGGCAGGACAGUUCACACCUUUUGUGGGGGAUGGGUCGCCUUUGUUCGUGACAAUGACAUCAAUUUUGGAGACACGUGUAUUUUUGAACUCGUUGCACAGUGUGAGAUGCAGGUUUAUAUUUCUGGAGUUGGAAAAGAAGGGCUUGAUCAUCAUAAUGGGCAUGCGAAACUUAAUAGAUUAGCCUCUGUUCCAUCUACCUGCUAAUGUUCUAUGGCACACAAGGUUAGGCUUUGUGAAACUUUAUUGCUCAACCACAUCCUGUGUUGAUGUCAUGAUUUAUGAGUUAACUGUUACCUUGUUAUGUAACUACUGACUAGUGAUUACUGACUGUUAGUUAUCCAUGCUUAGUGUGAAGGUAUCCAUGCUUAAUCUUUAAAUUCAGACCUUCCUCAAGUGUUGGACCUUAAAUUUUCUGCAACAGGACGUGGCAUUUGACAUUUUGCAUUUCGUUUA